AUCAACAUGAGCCGCAGUGUCCUGGAAGAAUCUUUCCAGAAGUGCGUGAAGAAAACUGGCUGGCGGCACCCUCCUCUCCCAGGCGUUGCCGUAGAGACGAACGACACAAGAUAAGGAGCGGAAAGUUACCAUCCCGGUCCAGGACCAGACUGCGGGGGGGCAUGGACCCAUACAAUGACACGGACUAUAAUGGAAUUGUGCCCAUUGUGCCCGAGCCUGAGAUACUUCCAGAUGUUGACCAUGACCUACUGAGGUGUCAGUAUGUAACUGAGAAGGUCUUGGCAGCUGUGUACAAGGCUUUAUCGGACCAUCAUGUGUAUCUGGAGGGGUCGUUGCUCAAGCCCAACAUGGUUACGGCCGGACACACCUGCGCCCAAAAGUAUAGCCCUCAGGAAAUCGCCAUGGCGACUGUCACCGCCCUGUGGCGUACUGUGCCUCCUGCUGUACCAGGUGUGACUUUUCUGUCAGGGGGGCAGAGUGAAGAAGAUGCCACCAUUAACCUGAAUUCCAUCAACCAAUGUCACCUGCUGCGGCCUUGGGCCCUCACCUUCUCCUAUGGCCAUGCUCUUCAGGCAUCUGCUCUUAAGGCCUGGGGAGGCAAGGAGGAGAAUGGCAAAGCCUGUCAGGAUGAGUACAUAAAGAGAGCCUUGAAUAACAGCCAGGCAGCUCUUGGUAAGUAUGCGUCCUCUGGAGAGAAGGGCGCAGCCGCUCAGGAGUCUCUGUUUGUGGCCAACCAUGCCUACUGAUGCCAAGCGAAUGAACCAAAGACAGAUGUGGAGGCUACAGAGCAAUAACCAACUCUCAUUCAUAAUGCCAACAGUAAUGGGAGUCUCAAAUAAAAUAUAAUUUUAACAAUAAUCCUCGGAAAAGGUGUAUAUGUUCCUGUUCGGUUGGGACUUCCA